AUGCCUUCUGCGGUGCAAGCCGUGGACUUCUCCUGGAGUGGUACUGCGCCAGGCUCAGUCCUGAACUUCGUCCCCUGCUACCAGGACUAUCAGUGUGCACGACUUGAAGUUCCUCUAGACUGGUCAGCCAGUGCCACUGAAAAUACAACGGCCACCUUGGCCGUCAUAAAACUGCCUGCACAGGUAGACCCUGCCGACGAGCGUUACGGUGGCUCUAUAAUCGUGAACCCAGGUGGUCCUGGCGGGUCCGGCGUGCAGGAAAUACUUGACCGAGGGAAAGAGAUCCAGCGGAUCGUAGACAGCUCCGAUGAUACACAGCACUCUCGCUAUUUCGACAUUGUCUCCUUUGACCCGCGUGGCGUGGGAAAUACCCUCCCUCCCUUGACGUGCUUUCCUGAUCUGCUGUCUACUUACCUCUGGAGUGAGGCUGUGCAGGCUCAUGGCUUGGUAGGUAGCUCCGAGCAUGCAGCUGAUCAUCUCUGGGCCCGCAUGCAGGCUCUAGCCACAUCGUGUACGGAUCCCCAUAAGGACGGUGCGGAUAUUGGUCCGUAUAUGAAUACCUGGAGUACGGCACACGAUCUGCAUCAGAUUGCUCAACUGCUCCAGCCGGACCCUCACGCAGAUGUAAAGCUGCAAUACUGGGGUUACUCAUACGGGACUCUGCUAGGUGUCACUUAUGCAAGUCUGUUCCCGAACCAAGUCCAACGCAUGGUAUUAGAUGGGGUAGUAGAUGCGUUAAGCUGGUACUCCGGUGAUUUGUCGACAUCAUUACGGGACGCGGAUCAUAUACUAGACAGUUUCUUCCGCUACUGUCAUCGGGCAGGCCAGCCGAGAUGUGCUUUUGCCAGCCCGUCCGCCAACGGAGAAGACAAUGAAAACGCAAUAAGCGACCUCCAACAGCGUUUCAAGAAUAUAUUGUCUGAUCUGAAAACGUCCCCCGUUUGGACCACUCAUCCAAACCCAGACAUAAUCACCUAUUCUGACGUGAGACGUCUCCUAAAACUCUCCUUGUACGCACCGGUCGACCUUUUCCCCACUCUCGCCACCAUCCUAGCAGAUCUCGAACAACGAAACGCAACGAACAUAGCGGGCUGGAAAACCAUGCUACGCGAGGAAAUGCAGCCAACUCACUGCCUCGAUCCAGAUUGUCAAUCUCAUGCUCCGUGUCGCGAAGCAUGUCAAUACUCGUUUCGCGUUGAAGUGACUGCUGGUACCGUAUGCUUGGACUUAAACCAGAAGCUACUGAACACCACCCGCGAGGAAUACUGGGAUGAGUAUCUUCGGCCUUCCAUUGAGAGCAGCCAUUGGAUGGGGGAUACGUUUGCAGACUUUUUGAUGCCGUGUGCUAGGUGGAAUGGUCGGGGACCGGGGGACUUCACAGAAGGACCUACCGGGGCUGAGGAUACGUCCACACCUAUACUCUUCGUCAGCAAUACUCUGGACCCAGUGACUCCGCUUGGCGAGUAA